AUGCGCUUGGCUUGCAAAUGGACAUUCACUAGAGCAUUACUUGAUACGUCACCAGUAAGAAUGUUGCGGGGUUUUCAUGAUGAAAAAAAAUUGUUCGUUACGGUAACGAUGCGGUUGCAGGACACGGUAGAAUAUCGUAAGAAAAUUCGACUGCUGAAAGUGCGUAUGUUGGACGGUUCAGUGAAGACGAUACCAAUAGACGAGAGUCAUCCAGUCGGUCAACUGAUGGUCGGGGUGUGCACAAAAAUCGGAAUUUCCAACUACGAAGAAUAUAGUUUGGUUCGCGAAACGGAGAUGGACGGCCGUGGAUCAAUGAUGAACCUCAGAGAAGAUCGUUCUCGUUCAACUGAUAGCGAUCGGAAAGGAAUGAUGGGCACUUUGGGCAGAAAGAAAGAGCAGAAGCUCGAGCAGUUACGGCAAAAACUGCAUACUGAUGAAGAAUUGGCUUGGGUCGAUCAUGGCAAGACGCUGAGAGAACAGGGCAUUGGUGAAAGAGGAGACGCUGCUUCUACGACGAAAGUAUUUCUUCAGGUGAGUGAUACCAACGUCGACAGUCGUGAUCCGGUGCAGCUGAAUCUGUUGUACGUGCAGUGCCGUGAUGGCGUUCUUCGAAGUCUUCAUCCAGUUACAAAGGAGAUCGCAUGCGAACUGGGAGCUCUACAGUGUCAAAUCGAAUACGGCGACUUCCCUGAAAACAAACCAAAGUUUUACAUCGAGUAA